AGUUGACUGUUGAAGGGGAGUGACAAAUUUUGGGUUAUCGCAGACGCCGCGGGAUAUUGAUAUUGAUAAAAAUUUUAGUUUACAUUACGCCGGCGCGUAUACAGGGGUGACCCCUCGUUAGAUUAUAUAUAUUGUUUAGGAGACCUGACCGGCAGUCUGCGCCUGGAUGCUGGCCGACAACUACAAACAUUAUUCGUAGCAGGUCUCUAUAUAAACUGAGCUGCCUGCUGCCAGUGCCUUUGGAUAGAAGCCAUUUGAAAUUGGUUUCCUUCAGAGGAUAUUGGACUGGACUAGCUGAGUACUAUUUUUUCAUCAAGUGUACUUAUAUAACUUCCGCCACAUAAAUAAAUUAAAAGUCAAAUUAAAUUUCCACAAUUAUUUGUUUCUUAAAAGUUUACCUUUUAAAUAACUAUCAACUAUGACUUUACACAUGCCUAUGUUCGCACUUAUUACAAUAGUCUAUGUUGCAUCACUGAAAAGUGGAGCAAUAUUUGGAAAAAACAUAGAAAGCGAGAUAAGCAAUAAAAAGCAAGUACUUGAAGGUAAACCUCAGUUGACACUUAAAUAUGCUGCUAUUAUUUAUCGGCAUGGUGACAGGACUCCAGUAGAUCCAUACCCUACAGAUCCAUGGAAAGAUCAAUCUCUGUGGCCUGUAAAAUUUGGGGAGCUUACAAAUAUAGGUAAAAAUCAACACUAUCAACUUGGCCGCUUUUUAAGGUUACGAUAUCAAAACUUCAUCUCUAAGGAUUUCAACCCAGAUGAAGUCUAUGUUAGAUCUACAAAUGUAGACCGAACCUUAAUGUCAGCACAAGCCAAUUUAGCUGGUUUCUAUCCUCCAUCAGACAAAUCUAUAUGGAAUAAAGACUUGUUAUGGCAACCAAUACCUGUACAUACUAAGCCGGAGGAGGAUGAUGAAGUGUUAGCAAUGAAAAAGGUCUGUCUCGCAUAUACGAAGGCGCGAACUGUCUACGUAAAUUCUAAUACGUUCCAACACCAACUACAAAAAUAUCAACAUUUAAUGAAGUAUAUGACCGCCCAUACUGGUAAAAAAAUUCAGAAUUUUGACGACAUGCAGUCUAUUAACAGUGUAUUGACAAUAGAGCAAUUAUAUAAUUUCACAUUGCCUAACUGGACUCAUUCUGUGUUCCCGGAUAAGUUGAGGGAACCAUCUUGUCACAGUUUUUCAACUUCUGCUGCAACUCCUGUAAUGGCUCGUCUCUUGGUUGGCCCCAUAAUGAAACAAAUAUUUGAACAUAUGCAAGAUGCCAUUAACAAAACGUCGAAUCACUUGAAACUGUCGAUGUUUAGCGGCCAUGAUUUUACGAUUGGAAGUAUCCUGACUGCUCUUGGGCUGUUUGACGGGAACUGUCCGGAGUAUACUGCCACUAUUUUUCUGGAACUGUUUUCAAAUUGUUCUUCGUCCGAAAACCUUAUUCGAGUAUCGUAUAGGAAUUCGGCAGACAUCGUGGAACCAGAGGUUCUGUACAUACCCGGCUGUGGUACGCUUUGUGAAAUUCACAAAUUUCGGAAACUGUACGAUAAUCUGAUCGCAGUCGAGUGGGAGUCCGAAUGUAACAUAAAGAAAAACCUGAUGCACUUCAUUGCAAUUUGUGGCUUGAUCAUCUGUAGUGGUACCGCAUACUACAGUUGGAGAAACAGACGAGAAACGAUGUACUGAUUAAUUUAACAGAUUAUGUGUUAUACAACUUAAUUUUUAUUAGCAUGUGUAAUUACGUUAAGGUUUUUUUUUUACAGAAAAUGAGUUUUUAUUCGUAAUGCAAUUUUAUUUUAUUAAGAGAGACUUGCGCCCGUUUUUCUUAAAUCCUUUUCAAAUGGGUGGAAGAUUACGACGGAGAAUGAUUCCUAUAUUGAAUAUGCUAUUUUAAUAUAACAGGAAGAUUUGCUAUACCAAAGUUUUUAGAGAUUCGUUUGCCGACCGAGAAUAUGCUCUAUGCUUGAUGGUUUCUAGGUCGUAUCGGAUUUGCAUCGAGGUUUAUUUAACUUCUACAGACUAUUGGAGAGGUAAAUUAAGGAGAACAUUUAUUGAAUAAAUAAUGUUCAAGUGAUUUUUGGCUGCACUCAGUCAUUCUUUUUUAUUGAAUAUUAGAUAUAUACCUACACAUAUUACUUUUUAAAAAUAUAUAUACAUAUGACUUGUGAGACAUUGAAGCAUAUCAGUUGUGUUUGUUGUAUCGCCUACUUUUUUAUACUUACCCAACUUUAGUGAUUGUCAAUAAAUUUAGUAUUUAUUGAUUUAAAGAUAUCCUAUACUUGCGAUCCAUUUAUUAUAAUAAAUGUCAUUUAUUACUAACUCUGUAAUGAAAGAAAGCGCCAUCUAGUAAUAAUAAAUGUUCUGAUAUGUAUUAAAUAUCGUCAAAUUUGUCAAAUAAUAUUCUAUAAGCAAUAUUCACAUUGUAAAGUCUUCUGAAUAUAA